CGAUUAACUUUAUGUCGAUUUGACAUUCAAUCGUGCAAGGAACGACAACUCGGAAUCGAAAUAACAAACUGUCUCUCAACUUCGUCUUUGUUUAAAACUGUUGUAAUUUAAUUUGCAAGGCCGACAAUUGGAUUUAAAGUGCAUAUAGAUAAUGAUGUUUGCUGGAAUUAAUGAUGCAAAGCCUUUCGAUUCAGUAUUGUAAGUAGUCAAUCAUGUUUUCGGUAAGAAGAUUGUUGAGAUCGGCCCAAUGUUUACAACCAAACCAUCCAUCAUUCAGACAUGUGCACGUGGAUUUAAAGAAAACUUUGCAGUCAUCUUUAGAAAAUUACACGGAUUUAAAAGUAUUUCCUCAGCGAAUUUCGAAUUGUGGUUUUGGAAGAAGUUUUACCAACACAUUUGUAGAUUAUGAAGACUAUGUGGGUCCAAAUGAAAAUGCUCUAUUUCAUGUGCAAUUUUCUAGUGUUUUCAAAAGAGGAUUUGACUGUUUGCAGCAAUAUCUGAAAAAUGAUGUUGGUCUCUUUGACAACUUUCACUUGGACGGUGUUUCUAAUGAUGAUAGAGACCAUUUCCAUGCACUAACUGCUCUGAGAAUUUUUCUGGAAAAGCUUGCAUUCCAUGAAAGUAGCUUGAAAAGCUCACAGAGAAAUGCAUUUGAUGGUAAAAGGGAAGGAGAAAUAGCAGCACUGUUGAGCAAACAUCUGUUGUCAUGCUUAGUGUAUGGGAAUAAAUAUCUGAUCAGCAAUAUUUACCACAAGCAACCAUCACAAUGUCCAUGUCUAAAUCCAAUCCAGUGUAUGGAACAUAUUCCAUAUGGAGAGACAGGUUUAGGACAUGGGGAGCUGUGGUAUGGACACCCAGGCAUAGUUUUGAUCCCAGAGGACCCACCAGACUACAUACCCAUUAUGGUUUAUGAAGAAUUCCCAAAUGAGGAUGAUGAUGGUGUUGGUCAAGAAAGUAAUGUUAAGCAGAACAAUGAAAACUCAACAGAAAAGUUUGACUUUGAAUCUGAAGACAUGCAUUUUGACAAGUGUGCUGAACAGAUCUUUAGCCAAGCCAUUACCGUUGCAUUUCAUCGAGGGAAUGCUAUGAAUGAUAGUUGUAUUCAACCUGUGUCAACUUUAAUUCCAUCUUUGGUACUGACUCCUUCUAAGUAUUACAUAGUGAUGUACGAUUACAUGAAUGACAUUUUGCUUAGCAGUAGUCACCAAUGUUGUUCAUGGUGGGAUGACAGCGAUUUGAAGUUCAAUAUGUCAGCUGUUCUUCAGAUGUGGAUGGUGCUAAAUUAUGUAGACUUUGUUCCUGGUUUAAGCCAAACAGCAGAACAUGUUUUAGCUGGUAGUGGUAAUUUUCACAACAUAUUAAGAAGCAAGCAUUUGUUUCAAAAGACUAAACAUAUUUCUCGCAAAUUAAUAUUCAAUUCUCCUCAGAAAUGUAGAAAACUCAUCAAUAAGGGAGUUAGUGUUGAUCUAGAUGAGGAGGUACAAUGUAUAAAGUUUCCUAGUAUAACUACUUGACACCUUUUAUGACCUCUAUACUGUUAAGGCAUACAUUUGUAUAUUAUACAUAUAUAAUGUUCACUUGUGUGUACAAAUUUAAAUGAUAGAAAAUAAUGGCAAUGUUGUUUUUUUUCUGUUUUUUGUUUUCAGCUUACCUAUUUUAAAAGAUUUAUCAUGUUUUAAUUGUUCUCAUCAAUUUUAUUUGUGCCAGUUUCAGAAGAACAAAGAAUUCAUAGAAAUACUGCUGGCUUCUCAAGCUUAUAAAGUUAUAAAUGAUAUGUUGAUAAUAAAACAAUACACAUCUUU